AUGUUUCAGAAUUAUUUAAGAAGAUUAGUUAAUGAAACUUGGAGUAUUCAAAGGUCUGUCAAAUAUGUGAUUUUUUUACGGGGCGUAGGACCUCUGCCUGUAUCUGCAAGGCAUUUGACAGAUGGGAAGGACGCACAACACUUCGACACUUCCUUGCUCGAAUUUAUCGUUUGUCCACUAUCCAAAAAGCAAUUGAGGUGAGUCAUGUUAUUAUACAUUACCACCUUUCUACUAAUUUACCUAAUCCAACGUCAAUCUUGUUUUGCUAUGGCAUAGCUGCUCAGCUUUAUAGGUAGCAUCAGCUAACAGUUAGCUAACGUUAGCUAGCCUAAUUGUUGUACUCUCGUCUCUCACUCAGGUAUGAGGUAAAUACCAAUGAACUCAUCAACGAGGAGCUUGGCAUCGCAUACCCAAUAAUUGAUGGGAUUCCCAACAUGAUUCCCACAGAUGCAAGAUUGAUUAAAAAAGAUCCUGAAACACCAGUGAAACCAGCACAGCAGGCAUAA